AUGGACCCAGAUGUGUCUGUGAACAGUACAGUUAUUACGACUGACUUACAUCCAUGCUAUGAAAUGAUUGACUCCAGUUACAAACUAACUGCGACUCCUUCUAUUACAUGUGUAAUGUUAUAUGGAUUUCUCAUGCUAUUAUCUGUUGUAACUGUAUGUGGAAACCUCCUUGUUGUAAUAUCAGUAAUUUACUUCAAACAGCUUCACACACCCACCAACACUCUCAUUCUGUCUCUGGCUGUGGCCGACAUGCUGGUUGGAAUUUUAGUAUUUCCUCUCAGCAUGGCCUUCUCUCUCAGUUCAUGUACCUAUAAUGAGAGUUUAUUUUGUAAGUUCCGUGACAGCUUUGACAUAUCGUUUAGUACAUGCUCAAUUCUGCACUUGUGUUGUAUUUCAGUUGACAGGUACUAUGCUGUGUGUCAGCCUCUGACAUAUAGAUCUAAAAUCAGCCAUCAUGUUGUUGCCAUCAUGAUCACAGCGAGCUGGGGUGUUGCUGUUCUCAUUGGCAUCGGAGUGGUAAUUCCUAGAUUAAAAAGUGAACAAUGUUUUGAAAAUUGUUUCAUUGAUGUUCUGAUGGCAAAUACUAUUGGACCUGUAUUAUCAUUUUACCUUCCAGUGGUCAUAAUGCUUUGCAUCUACCUGAAGAUUUUCCUUGUUGCACAGAGACAGACGCGAAGCAUCCAAAGCAUGAAGUCUGGAGCAACUGCCAGUAAGAUGGAGAGAAAAGCCACCAAAACUCUGGCGAUUGUUCUGGGAGUUUUUCUAUUUUGCUGGUCUCCUUUCUUCCUUUGCAUCACUUUUCUGCCUUUUAUCAGUAAUUCAGUACCAAUUCCAGUGAUUGAAACACUUAACUGGUUAACAUUAUCCAAUUCAAUGCUUAAUCCAUUCAUUUACGCUUUUUUUUACACCUGGUUCAGGUCAGCUAUUAAAAUGAUUGCUUCUGGGAAAAUAUUGCGAGGCAAUUUUGCUAACUUCAGACUGCAUUAA